AGCGAGUCUAAGAAAUCUGAAUGAGAGUGAUUUGUCUGUAAACACUUCUGUGGUGAGUUUGCAAUCUCUGUUGAGAAUUCCACAGUCUCAUUUUUAUCUCAAUUGUUGUUCUGUUUAUUUCCUACUCCAGGCAUUAUUUCAAAUUUGUAGUUUCUAACUACGUACUACUCAGCAAUCCCAUAAAGAUUCCCAUAAUUAGAGAACCUCUACUCCUAGAACUCGUGAGAUUUUUUUGUCUCCUCACAACAAGUACCUAUAGCCUGCAACCUUUCCUUUUCGCACUUACGAACAUCAAUUCACGGUGUUGACUCGUUCAUCUUCUAGUGUCUUUCGUUGUAGCAACCCACAACAAAAUGCCGCGUACUGUGGGGAGUCCCGAAAAGCGUCCUGUGGACCCUGCACUGGCCACUUUGCUCACCACUCCAGAAUCGCCAAGUAGAGAAGCUUAUGCGGGGAAGAAGGUUAGUUAUUUAGUGAGACGCUUUUAGCUCUUACCCUCAUCAAAAGGAGCAAGAACGUAGUUCUUGUAAUUGUACUUGCUUGUUGCGAAAUGAAGAGUCAUAUUAAUCAUUCAGGUAGUUUACUUUCUACCCCACUUCUCCAAAAAAAGCCGCCUAAGCAAUUCAAAUCCAAACCUACAGGUCAUCCUCGCUCGUAAGAUGGACCGUCUCGAGUUUAUUUCCAAAGCAAGGAUGCAAUUCAUCAAGAUUCUGCACGAAAACAACGAAAAGAAGGCAGAUGCCAUCACUUGCAGAGGACCGGAAAAGUUGGGAGAGGUAGAGAACUCUAGACUUCCUACAUGAGGCACUUAGUAUUUAACACCUGCAACAACAAGUCAUAGAGCCUGCUUAAUUAUGCUAGAGGUUUCUCUCGGGACCAUAAAGAUGUCUCAAAAUAUUAAUGUGAAUUACAAAUUCAACAAGCUUGUCUUAAGUACUCUUUUCACACAAUAAAUACUUACACCAACACCUCCAGGCAUCCAGUCACGGCUCAGUCUACUUUUCACACAAUAAAUACACCAGGCAUCCAGUCACGGCUUAGUCGAAGCCGAUAAGCUGUUCGAAAACCUCCGUGACCAAAGCGUCAAGAAGAAGUCCAUUCCGAAACGAUUGAACGUGAUUCAUGACUACUGUGUGCAUUUAGAGAUGCAACAGUCCAAAAUGGCCAAGUUGGAGGAUAUGGACCCGAUGCCUAGGCCGGAGUUGUUUCAGGACAUCGAGUUUUCCGAUUUAAAUCCAACCUAUGCGGAUUUGUUGAGCAAUGAGCCGACGCCGUUCAAGGCGAAAGUUAUGGCAUUGGAUUUUUUUAGUCGUAAGUAGUUUGGAUUCUUGAUGUAAUUAUACGAGCAUAAAGUUACAGUUAGUAUCUUAGAUGUACUUAGAUAAGGGCGAGUAGAUUAACAGCUUCGUGCGCCUAUCUGCAAAGCGCAAUGUACUUACUACCUGACGAUCCUCACUCUUUAGCUUCCUAGUCUUAGCGCCCAACAAAUGCUCCUCUAAUCUUCAAGGCGAUGUACGAGACCCCUUGAUGGCUGUCUGCCUUUUACAGCCUUACAUGCCACCAGAGCCGGUUAUGGAGGCGCACAGGAAGGGCAAAGCAGCCGCCAAAGAGAGGAUUGCGGAUGCCAAGAAAUUGGAAAAAUUGCGGGCCCAGAAGGAGAGGGAGAAGCUGAAGAACAUGCUGGAUGGGAAUGCGGAAUAACUGGCGACUUCUAGGGUUGUAGGCGUUUCUUCAUGAAAUUAUAGAGGAACGACACUUCAGAAGAAGAUAGCACCAGAGCAUUGGACGAGCAGCCAGCCAACUGGGCUACAAAAUGACAUACGCAAAUUCAUAAUCAUCAAAGUCAUAAUAUCUUCAAAUGUACUCAUUUUUCUUCAUUCCAACAUAGCAUGUUGUUUACACCAAUCUACCUAGCAACUUCAACUUCUAGCACACGAAUCAUUCAGAAUUAUAUGCAAUUUGGAAAUCAUAGUACCUAGGUAGAAAAAUGUCUACAACUAUAACACACUUAUUAGCUUAUUUAUUGCCAUUUUUACCUUAUCUUUGUAAACGAAUCUAUGACUAGAAACUGAAAGAUUAAGUGAGAGACGCAUAACUCAUUUUUACCUAAUACUACUGAUCAAUAUUGCUGACGAAAUAUACAAAAUUUGACGAUUCUUAGAGAUAAUUAGCGAACUUGGACAAGCACAGAAACAGCGAAAAAACAAGGAAAUGGACCUGUACUUCAAUUUGGAGACGAUCAACGCGA